AUGGCAGACGCGAACGAGGCCGCCGAGGCGACGACGCCGGGCCCGCCGCCUCCGAGGCCGGCGCCGGCCUCGUACGAGGACACGCAUGUGCAUGAAGUCUACGAGGCCAUCGCACCUCACUUCUCCGCCACCCGCCACAAGCCUUGGCCGCUCGUCGCCAAGUUCCUCCUCGACCAGAGGCCCGGCAGCGUCGGCCUCGACGUCGGCUGCGGCAACGGCAAGUACCUCGCCGUCAACCCCUCCGUCCACGUCCUCGGCUGCGACCGCAGCGCCUCCCUCGUCCGGCUCGCACGCGCCGAGCGCCACGCCGACGUCCUCGUCGCCGACGGCCUCUGCCUGCCCUACCGCCGAGCCGCCGUCGACUUCGCCAUCAGCAUCGCCGUCAUCCACCACCUCUCCACCCCUCAGCGCCGCCGGGACGCCAUCGCCCACCUCCUCGGCUGCCUCCGGCCCGAGCCCGACGCCCGCGCCCUCAUCUUCGUCUGGGCCCUCGAGCAGGGCGAGAGCCGCCGGGGUUGGGACGAGUCCUCGGAGCAGGAUACCCUCGUGCCCUGGGUCAUGCGAACCAAGGGUGCGCCCGACGCCACCUACCAGCGGUACUACCACCUGUACCGGAAGGGCGAGCUCGAGGCCGACGUCGAGGCCGUCGGCGGGACCGUGUGGGAGAGCGGCUACGAAAAGGACAACUGGUGGGCCAUCUGUAGCAGAUAG